UCAUGGUGUUCAUCACCACCACCAUUAUCAUCAAUGAUUAAUAAUAAUAAUAAUAAUAAUCGAAAAUAUCUAUCCGAUUGUAAUCUAAUCGAUUAUUAUCGUUUCAUCAAUAUGAAUGAUAAACAAUGUAUAAAAGACUAUAUAACAUAUUCAUGUUCAACAUUGGCUAUUUGUGGUGAUACGGUAAAUUCAUCACAAUUACCAUCACCACAGGCACAAUCAUUUCGGCAGCUAAAUUCAUCGUUGAUAUUUUCCGAUCUAGAUCUAGCCAAAUCAAUGAAUCGUAAAGUUAUUAAUGAUGCUAUCAAACGACGAUUGAAUGAAUUUAUCAAAGUGAUUGGCAAUCAACAAACAUUGACUGAAACCGAGUUAACAAAUAUUGAUGAAAUUAGUUCAGAUAUAAUAAUGAAACCGAUUAAAAUGAUGAGCUAUGAUUAUCCACCGGAAGAAUAUACAACCGGAGACAUUCUAAUCAAUGUUGUUAAUUAUGAACAAAAUGAGGUUAAAUUUACGAAAAAAGAUAAAGAAAAAUUCGUAUUGAAUUGGUUACAAACAGUCGAACCGACGGGUAUAAUGGAACCAAAUUGAAUUGUUUGUCUUUUUUUCUUGGAUUUUUCACAUACAUACACUUUUAUUGAAACAUUAACUGUUGUAAAAUGAAAUUAUUCUUCACUACUCUUCUCUCAAUAAUUUAUCACCAAACCAAAAAAAAUUGCAUGACGUUUGUAAAGCCCAACCAUCACCGCCACUAAUUACCACAAUUACCAAAUAAUGAUAAUUUAAUCAAACACAAAAUAUACAAUUUGGUCCACAAAUAUUGAAUGUUGUUGAUGUUUUGAUGAUGAAUUUUUUUUUUUUUCGUUUUUUGUAUUUAAUCUUCUCUAUUUCUGUGUUUGUCUUUUGUGUGAUUUUUUUGUCACUUGUUAAACAUUGAUUAAUAAUUAUUUGAAAAAAUCUUGUUUGCUGAA